AUGGCGCUUGAGCACAAGGUUGAACACACGAGGGGUAAUGAGAGUCAUCUGGUAACAGAUGAGCCAGCGACGGCCGCAGGACCGGGAGCUACUACCACAACGGCGAUACCAGAGAACGUGACAAGCACAGAAGGACUGGGACAUGAUCUCUCACACAAGGACCCUGAUUCGAGCGCCUCUAGUCAAGACGCUGUCGAUGAAGAGAAGCUGCACGAUGAAGAGCAAGGCGAGGUUGCUACGAAGGAGGAAGGACAAGGAGGACCGUCCACAGAGGCACCAAUAGAGCGAUCGAAAGGCAAGAUUGCGAUCAUUAUGCUGGCCCUCUGCAUGGCGGUCUUCUUGGCCGCUCUCGACGUCACGAUCAUCACCACGGCCCUCCCUACGAUCAGCGAGCACUUUCACAGUUCGUCUGGCUACACUUGGAUCGGUUCUGCUUUCUUGCUCGCCAACUCUGCCUCCAUUCCAAGCUGGGGUAAAGUCAGCGAUAUCUUUGGUCGCAAGCCUAUGCUCUUGGUCGCGAACGUCAUUUUCAUGAUUGGAUCGCUGAUCGCCGCUCUCUCGACCAGCAUUGGUAUGCUCAUCGCUGCUCGAGCUAUCCAGGGUAUUGGAGGUGGAGGACUGGUGAUCUUGGUGAACAUUGUCAUUGGAGAUCUGUUCAGCUUGCGUAAUCGCGGCGCAUUCUAUGGCAUGGUCGGAGCUGUGUGGGCUAUUGCAUCUUCAGUAGGGCCAAUCAUUGGAGGCGCGUUCACUCAGAAGGUCAGCUGGCGAUGGUGCUUCUACAUCAAUCUACCUCUCGACGGUCUGGCUUUCAUUAUCCUCUUCUUCUUCCUGGACCUCAAAACUCCACGCACACCCAUUAUGGAAGGCCUCAAAGCCAUUGAUUGGGUUGGGUCAUUGAGCAUUGUGGGUGGCACUCUAAUGUUCCUCUUUGGCCUGCAAUACGGUGGUGUAACAGACCCAUGGGGCUCUGCCACGGUCGUCUGUCUGUUGGUCUUCAGCAUCGUCACCUUCGCGCUCUUCGCCUUUUGGGAGAUAAAGUACGCCAAGUUUCCAGUCAUGCCUAUGGGUUUGUUCAACGAGCGCAGCCGACUAGCGACACUGGGCGUCGUCUUCUGCCACGGUUUCGUCUUCAUCUCGGGCUCCUACUACCUCCCACUUUACUUUCAGGCCAUCCGAGGCGCAUCGCCUCUUCUGUCCGGUGUCUACCUCCUACCCACCGCCUUGGCCUUGGCGUUCACUAGCAUCGGAACAGGUGUCUUCAUCAAGAAAUCUGGAAUGUUCUUACCACCAAUCUAUGGUGGAAUGCUUUUCCUGACCUUGGGAUAUGGCCUCUUCGUCGACUUCACCUCGACAAGCGGCUGGGGCAAACUGAUUGCGUUCCAGAUCGUGGCUGGUCUGGGUAUCGGUCCACUCUUUCAGGCUCCUAUCAUUGCACUGCAGGCUCACAUCAAUCCUCGGGACAUUGGCACAGCCACAGCCACCCUAGGCUUCGUGCGACAGCUUGCGACUAGUUCUAGUGUCGUCAUUGGCGAAGUCGUCUUCCAAAACCAAAUGGCCAAGAAGUCCGCUGCUCUCACGCAACUUCUUGGCCCGCAACUGGCGCAACAGCUCGGUGGAGGCAAUGCCGGAGCGAACUCUCAGAUCAUCGACCAGCUGCCUGAUGCGCAGAAAGUCGUUGUGCGGAAGUACUUCGCACAGUCUCUGCAACCGAUGUGGAUCAUGUACACUUGCGUUGCAGCUGUCGGGAUUGUUUGCGCCCUGUUCAUCAGGCGGAAGGUUCUCAGUGCACAGCACGAGGAGACCAAGACUGGUAUCGAGGCCGAGAAGGAGAACGCUGCACAACGUGCUGCUGAGCGCGAGGCUCGACAUGAGAGCAAGAGGCAGUCGAAGCGCACGAGUCAUGCUGCUAGCGAUAGUAGCAGGCCGCAUAGUGCUAUGCCUGGCAGUCGACCACACACUGCUGGCGGUAGUAAGGAGGAGAUCCCUCCUAUGCCGAGCAUGUCUACGGAGAAGUUUGCGACGCAAGAUGAGGCGAGAAAUCAUACUCUUUCUACCUUGGAGUCGAGAGGGCAGUAG